AUGGUGAUCAAAGUCUUUGUUGCUACAUCUUCGGGGUCCACAGCGAUAAAGAAGAAACAGCAAGAAGUCGUGGGCUUUUUAGAGGCCAACAAGAUUGACUUUCAGCAAAUGGACAUAGCAGGUGAUGAAGACAACAGAAAAUGGAUGAGAGAGAAUGUCCCAGGUGAAAAGAAGCCUCAAAAUGGAAUUCCCCUCCCUCCACAGAUCUUCAACGAGGAGCGAUACUGUGGGGAUUUUGAAUCCUUUUUCUCCGCUAAGGAAGAAAAUAUCAUUUAUUCAUUCCUGGGCCUUGCUCCUCCUCCAGGCACAAAGGAGACUGAAAAGUCUGAUUCUGCUGCCACAGAGGAAACUGAGGCACACACAGAAGACAAGGCAGAUGAAGAGGCUCCUGAAGAGGCUCAGUCACCAUCAGAAGAUCAACAGGAAGACAAGGGAGAACAUGCAGCAAGAGAUGUAAGUAAACAGAAGAGUUACAAAAGCAGGUCCAAAAGGAAGAAGAAGAGAAGCAGGAAGAAGGAGAAGCAAAGGAAGAGGAGGAGGAGCAAGAAGAGUCUUAGUACAGUUCCCUAUGCCACAUUGUUUCUUGAACAGGUUUUCAGGAAGAACAAGCUGGAGCAGCCUUGCCAAAGAAAAUAA